GGUUCAUUAUAACAAAGUGAGUAAUGAGUGUGAAGCUGUGAUACCUUUAAGGGAUAAGCUGUGUUGACAGAAUGAGCUACACAAUGAUGUGAAAUAGCAGACCAGAGCAGUAAUAAGAAUCUAAUACAGCAAACUUUUCAUGCUUUAGUGUGAUGGCAAAUUUAGUCAAGACUAUAGGUUGAAAAUGUCAACUUUUCAGCAAUUUGUUUUCAGUGUACAUGACUAGUGAACUUCCUGUUUUCAGGGAAGCAAUUCUCUGUAAUUUAGGAAUUGAGUCAGACUAAAGGGAAUUGAAAUUAUGUAGUGAGUUAAUAAACAGCUGACUGUAAAUAUCAGAGCUGGCUGGUAGAGUGCAGGAGCUAGUUGUGAAGAAAUAUGUCAGCUCUGCUAAGAGACAGGAUUCACAUUCUGGAGUUUUUGCUGAGUUUUAGUCUGUUUCAGGCUCUGAAACUGUGAUACUUGAAAUGGAAUAGAAUCUGUCUAGCUAUGACUUGUAGAAGGUCAGGUCAUUAAAGUUACUUGUUUGACAUCUUCUGGAAAUCAAGCACUACCUUCAAGCAGAGCAGCCCUAUCUUUGAGCAGCUUCAUGUGUCAUCUCAGUCCCAGUUCUGAGUAACUCCUGAUGCAGGUUGAAUUGAAAAAGAGGAGAGCUGGAAUUAGCUGCCAAAGGCUCAUCUUCUCGUUAUGUGAAAAUUUGAAGCUGUAUGCGUGUCAGAUUGAGUUAAAAGGAAGCUGUUUCUUCAGAAAUUGGUAAAAUGUGCUUUAUAUGACUGUAUUUAAGAAGUCACGUAUAACAUCCAUCAUGAUGAUUUCUGAACACGUUCUGCCUAAGAUUUGAAAAUGAGGUUUUACUAUUGUUUUGAGUAUUUGAGUUAUAUAUGUUAAAGUGUUUCACUAAGUUGUUAAGGAGAAAGGACUUUCAAAAUAACACUUGUCCUAAAUUUUUAGACGUGUGUGUUUUAAGUAACACUCACAGUAGCUAUUACUGACAGAUAAGAACAAGAAAAACGUAAUGGAGCAAAGAAAGUAUUUCAUAUAUUGGUAGAUUGUCUUGGAAUGUUUUCUGCCUUGGAGCUUCUCCCAUGUUUUGAGUACUUUAGAAACAGUGAAAUGCAGGAAAACUGCUCUUCACAAUCUCUGUUAAAAGAGAAUUGACAGAAAUUUUUGGGACUUGCUCUUUCUUUACCAGUGUUCUCAUAAUUACACUGUUUCUAUUGAUUUAGCUUUUCUGUAGUACAAGAUCACUAAAAGUGAAUUUAGUCAGAAUUCCUCCUGGCUGUGAAGUGUCUUAGGUGCACUUUGCUACUGCCUUGAAGACUUCAUCUGAGAUUUCAAACUGUUGAGGCAAACUUGGCUGGAUGUGACUGGUGUGAAGUGCUCCUGCCUAGAACCUCAGUGUGCAAUCAUUUAACCUUUUUGGAGAUAGAUUAGCUGUACAAAUAUGGCAGUGUUUUUAUUUAGGCCUUCAAUAACAAUAUGCAGGGGUUUUUUUUCUGCCGUGUUAUCUUGCAUCAGUGAAUUGUUAUCUCUGACUAAGCUCUUGUAGUAUCUGCAGCUAGUAAUGUAGGAAGAAAAAUCUAAAUGCCAUAAACACUACAUGCUUUGGAGCAUAAAUAACCCACUGAUCGGUGGUUUAGAAAGGUACAUUAUGGUUCUGUGAGAAAUGGUUUUCUUUAAGGCCUUUUGGCAGCAUCAACUGACCUAGAUUGCUCCUGUGAUACCUUAACUCCUGUGGUUGCUUUGUUUCACUGAGUGGUUUGGAACUUCUCCACACCUUCCUGCUGUUUUGGAGGCUUAUUUUCUUGAGCUGAUUUGAAAAAAAUCUCUUUGUAAAACAGUAGAGUAGCUCAGAGAAGAGUGCCCUUGUGAGGGCUGCAUGUGCUGUCUGGUAUGAGGGCACAUGUUCUGUUAUUUCUGUGCCUUACAGUGCUGUGAGAUAAGGAUUCAGUGUAGAUGUGUUCCCUCCUGUUUUUACAUUUAUUUAUCAAUCCUGCGCCCCCCAAACUAUUGAUUUGCAUCCCAAUUGCCUUUUUAGGCUUCCUCUGAUAUUUGGAAAAGAGGUGGUAGCCUGUGAUGAAGAAAGCAGAGAAACUUUUGGAUAGAUAAGAACAUGUGUAUUUUCUCCUAAAGGAAUUGAUUGUUAAAGUCACCUCUAUGUUCUGCCACACAGAGAUGGUCAGCAGUCAGCCUGUCCCCAUAGCAGACAGUGGGAAAAGGAAAAAGAAAAAAAGAACCAGAGCCACAGAUCAGGUCCCUGGGAAGUUCGAAGACUUGUACAAGCUGACUGCUGAGCUGCUUGGUGAGGGAGCAUAUGCUAAAGUUCAGGGUGCUAUCAGUCUCCAGACUGGGAAAGAAUAUGCAGUGAAGAUCAUUGAAAAAAAUGCUGGGCAUAGUCGGAGUCGGGUUUUUCGUGAAAUAGAAACUCUGUACCAGUGUCAAGGUAACAAGAACAUUUUGGAGUUAAUAGAAUUUUUUGAAGAUGACACAAGAUACUACCUGGUCUUUGAGAAGCUGCGAGGAGGUUCAAUCCUGGCCCAUAUACAAAAGAGGAAGCACUUCAAUGAACGAGAAGCAAGCAAAGUGGUGAGAGACAUUGCCUCUGCUCUGGACUUUCUUCAUACAAAAGGUAUUGCUCACAGGGACCUGAAGCCUGAAAAUAUCCUGUGUGAAUCUCCAGAAAAGAUAUCACCAGUAAAAAUAUGUGACUUUGAUCUUGGCAGUGGGGUGAAGCUGAACAGUGCAUGUACUCCAAUAACUACUCCCGAAUUAACAACACCGUGUGGCUCUGCAGAAUACAUGGCACCCGAAGUGGUGGAAGUCUUCAUGGAGGAGGCCACGUUCUAUGACAAGAGGUGUGAUCUGUGGAGCCUGGGGGUCAUUCUGUACAUCAUGCUCAGUGGUUACCCCCCUUUCGUGGGCAACUGUGGCACAGACUGUGGCUGGGACAGAGGAGAAGUCUGCAGAGUUUGCCAGAACAAGCUUUUUGAGAGCAUUCAGGAAGGCAAAUAUGAAUUUCCUGACAAGGACUGGUCACAUAUUUCCUCUGAGGCCAAAGAUCUCAUCUCAAAGCUGCUGGUUUGUGAUGCCAAAGAACGACUUAGUGCUGCUCAAGUUUUGCAACAUUCAUGGGUUCAAGGACAGGCUCCUGAAAGGGGAUUGCCCACCCCUCAAGUUCUUCAAAGGAACAGCAGCACGAAGGACCUGACCCUGUUUGCUGCCGAGGCCAUAGCCCUGAACCGGCAGCUGUCGCAGCACGAGAGCGAGCUGAGCACGGAGCAGGAGAGCACCGCCCACACUGUGUGCUCCAUGAAACUGUCCCCUCCCUCCAAAUCCCGCCUGGCCAGGCGCAGGGCCAUGGCACACGCCACCAAAAACAGCGACUUCCAGCCAGUUCCCCAUAAAGCCUUCUGAAGUUGUUUCCUGCUGCGUGGGGGGCAGGAUCGGUCUGUGUUCUUUUUUGGAUUUUCAGCGCUGAUAAAAGCUGCUCUGCUUCUGACACUUUGAUUAGGAGCUUGCACUUGUGAUGUGACUUGUAACUUUAAGGGGACAGUUUUUUAUGGGAAUGGUUUUUUAUCUGUCAGAUUUAGUGCAUUAAGACAAUUCAACUGUUUUUUUUUAACUGCGGAAGAUGAGUUUGCUGCUGUAUUAUCUGAUGUGAUAAAUCACUAAGUUUUCCUCAUUUUCUUCUUAGAAGAGCACAGUUUAAAAUACAAACUUGAAAACAUCAGGAAAAACCCACGCUUUGCCAGGCAGAGCAUCCAGCCUCUCCCUGCCAAUGGCUGCCCUCCUUGAUGGCACAUUUUGAAGGUGCUGCUGUUAUUGCCAGCAGUAGGGACUGUUCUCAACCAACAGUGCCCUCCUAUCUUUCUUUAGACUCAGGAAUGAGGAUGAAGGCUGGGUGGAUCUCUGUGUCCAUUACCUUCAUUGGGCUUAAAUUGAAUGAGGAUGGUACUGUAAAGUGCAAGGAUUGCUCAUACUUCUAGGGAGGGAGAGAACUUUUGGGUAGCUUUUUUGUGUUAUUGAUAAUUUGUGUGUCAGCAUGUGGUGGGAAAACUGGGAGAGGUGAGGUUUUUAUCUGACAUGUCUUCACCUUUAACUACAAUGUACUCCAUACCAUCUGUUUUUAAAUUUUCUGGAGUUUGAUGUCCAUUAUGUCCCCUUGGAACAGUUACAUUCUUAAAUCUGAUAACCACAGUGUAACAGACUGUUUAUGUAAAAGUUUAUAUUUACUGUUAGGUAGGCUUUUUAAUACUACUGUGGAGUUUUAUUAUAUUAAUGCUGUCCUCAGCUAAACCUUCCUCUCUGUAAAAUUGUAUUUCUCCAUGACCUUUUGUAUGUCCUACCUGGAGUUCCUUAUGUGAACAGACGGACAUUAGUGAAUUUUGGUAUGUGAAUAAUUUACAAACGCCACAAGCAGAGGUAUAACUGUACGAAAAUGGUGCUGCAGCCAUUGAAUUCUGCCUUCUGCAGUAAUCUCAGGCUGGGUGUCUAGAGUUUUGCUUCCAGUUCAAUACUGUGGUGCAACAGAGCCAAGAAUCAUUUGGAAGGGUUUUGGCUGAAAAGCUGAAGAUUUUAAGUGACCAAAGGGAGGUCCGUGGAGAAGGACACAGAUGUUGAGCACUUUCUGAAACAUAAGCUGUGAAAAUUGGGCCACUGAGAUGCCCACGAUGCACCUUAACUUGUCAGCCCUUUCUGAAACCCUUUUCCAGGGCUUUGUGUGCAGGGGGGAGGAGGAGGCCCCAAAGUGCCAGCACAAAACCCUCCCAAGCAGAGUGAGAAGGAGUAAAGUAGCAGAUGCAACAGGCACUUGGAAGUUGAAAGGUCAAAGCUGAAUGUCUUUGCAUGGCCUAUUCAGAGUGGUUUUACAUGAUCAGUAAUAUCAGUGCACAUAGCUAUUUUUAUAAAACAUGCUGUAUUUUGUGACUAAUAUUAAAGUUGUUAUUUAAAAGUUUUUAUACAUCGUGCCAGCCUAUGAAUGAUGAAAUGUAUUUUGCUUUUUUAAUUAAAAUGCUCUAAGUUAUGUAUUUAACACA